AUGCCUUUAAGCAAGCACCAAAAUUUUCAAAAAUCUUUCUUAAAUAACAGACUUCAAACAGAAUAAAAUGAAAGCUUCCAUAAUACUAAUUAAUAAUAGAAUUUAAUUACGCAGGGUAACAUAGGAAAUUUCAAUAAUGAAAAUACAAAUCCAAAUUCCAAUGCUCAAAAUAUUAAAAACUUUAUUUUUUCGAAGAUUUAAUAACACACAAUUAAUUAACCACAAACUUCUAACUUCAGCAAUAUUUAAAAGAAUGUUCAAUUUAAUGAACUUUAAAAACUUGUUUAAAAUUAAAAGCUUAGACCAGAUAAACCGGAUUAAGAGUAAACAAAAGUGUUUAGUAAUACAAACAACAACAUAAGUUCAUUAAAAUAAAAUAUCAUAAAUUAAUUCAGAGCUGUCAGUCCUUUAACAAAACGAUGA